CCAGCCUAUCAAAAUUUGAGGCAGAAAGUAGACAACUUUGUAUCGACCCACCUGGACAAACAGGAAUGGAAUCCAGCAAUGAACAAAAACCAGUUACGAAAUGGGCUAAGGCAGAGUGUGAUACAGUCAGGAAUGCUGGAAGCUGGAGUGGACAGAAUUAUUUCUCAGGUGGUGGAUCCAAAACUAAACCACAUCUUCAGGCCCCAGAUAGAGAGGGCAAUUCAUGAAUUUUUGGCUGCACAAAAGAAAGAGGAAAGUGUGCCAGCUCCUCCUCCAGAGCCCGAGAAUAAGGAUCCUCCUGCUCCAUCUCAGGAUGCCUCAUAAAGUGAGUUCCUGAUACUAAGCAGCUGCAGUUGCAAAAUAUGCGUCCUGUUAGAUUGGCAAUGGAUUACUUGUUCCAUUUGGUGCAGGAUUGCUGUUUGCCAAAGAUGAUUAACGGUUAUCAGACCUGUGGGA